AUGCAUCAGUUUGACUUGCUCUACAUACCUCAUGACAAAGUCUACGGCAACGUGUACAAAUACAUUCUCACCAGCAUCGAUUUGGUUUCGAGAUACAAGGUAGCGAGGCCUUUGCGUACGAAAAAGGCCAGCGAUGCUGCUGAUAUGAUCAAGGACAUUUAUAAAGCGGGACCUCUCCGCUAUCCGAAGAUUUUUCAGUGCGACAACGGGUCACAGUUCAAGUCAGACGUGACGAAGCUGUUAGAAAGCAAAGGGGUCGAGAUUAAGCGGGCAACCACCAAGUACCACCAUACUUUCACUGCCUUUGUCGAGUCAUAUAACAAGAUGCUUGCGGAGAGGCUCUUCAAACCUCAGGAUGCACAAGAGUUAGUCUCUGACGAGACUAGUAGCAUCUGGGUGAAAAACCAUUACACUAUCGUCAAAAGUCUCAACAACACCAAGACUGCCAUGAUCGGUAUAAAACCUUUGAAGGCGAUCAAGCUAGACGAAUUUUCCACUCGCAAAAAGCUAGGAAUAUCCCAAGGAAAAGCCUUUACUUGA